UUGGAGUGUAGUUCAGCCCAGUGCAAUACAAAUGACAAAAUACUCAGAAGUAGUUGAAAUACAUAUUCAAAUACAUGUAACAUGAAUACUGCCCAUCUCUGGUUGUUAUCAGGUUUCCUAGUGGAGUCCCUGAAUCAGAGCUUCAGAAUGUCUGGAAUGAAUUGUGUCUACACACACACACACACACACACACACACACACGACAUGACCUAAAACCUUGAAUUACCACCAGCAUGACAUCAUCGUGGCAGCACUGAGCUUGAAUAAUUUGUGUUCAGACUGAGCCAUGUGUGUGUAACAUGCACAUUAUAGACCACCCCUCCCCCGACCACACACUCAGCCUCCACACAGAGUCUAAUCCCCACAUGCUGAAACGUAAUGCAAAAAUCGUUCAUGAAAAAAAAUGGACCCGAUAACUUUAACAGGAUCGGGGGGAAAAAAGCGUCUGGCAACAGUCGAUAUUAAAACAUGCAGAGGCAGACGAGCUUGGGGCCUUACUGAGAGGAAUGAGACUGCAGCAGAGGGGAGAGGAGAGGGAGAGCUGCCUACUGCAGCCUGCCUGCCACACAGAGUCAGAGACAGAUGACUACUACUAUUAUCACAUGUUAUUUUCCCCCGCUCAGCUACCCGUUGAUUUGUGUAUGAAAACCUAGCGCUUUUCUUUUACUCCUGCAUGCUUGCCCCCCUUCUGGGUUUCUGCUUUUCGAGUGAUCAGCUGAUGAAGAGGCUAGCAGCUCGCCGCUAUGCUGGCUUGCUAAUUCUCUCCCCUCCAGCUGCAGCCGCAGCCCAUCCAGCUACAACCCAUUCUGAUCCACAGAGUCAGACUGCAGACUGCAGCCAGAACGGGGCCUUGGAGGACAUGGAGGAGGACAUCAGCCUAAAGAAACGGAAAGGUGAUCACCAUGGCGACAAAGACUCUGAGUCCCGAGACUCCGGCCAGGAGGCUGGAGGUGAAAAGGUCAAGAAACGCAGAGGUCGACCUCCGGCAAAGAAACUGCCCCCCAACCCUCCCGAGCUCACCAAGCAGCUUAACACACUGGUGGACAUGGUUAUCAACUACAAAGACGGGUUGGGCCGUCAGAUCAGCAAAGGCUUUGUCCAGCUGCCUUCUAGGAAGGAGGUGCCAGAGUACUACGAGUUGAUCCGCAAGCCUGUGGACUUCAGGAGGAUCAGGGAGCGUGUGCGCAAUCACAAGUACCGGAGUGUGGGAGAUCUGGAGAAGGACAUCAUACUGCUGUGUCACAAUGCCCAGACCUUCAACUUGGAGGGAUCUCAGAUAUUUGAGGACUCAAUCGUUCUCAAGUCUGUUUUUGAGAGUGCACGACAGAGGAUCGUCAUUGACGAUGAGGAGAAAAAGGACAGCACUGCCAUCUGUGACGAUGGAGGUCGAGACAAUCAGUUUGGUUCAUCAGAAGUGAAAACGGUGACAAAGCAGGUGAAACAGAGGAUGAAGAAAGAAGAGCGGAGCAGAAAAAUGAAGGUCAAGAAGACAGUCUACAGUGAUGUAGACAGCGAUGAGGAUCUGGAGGACAAUACAGCUAAAGAUGAGGGUUGACCUGGAGGACCAAUGCUAGUUCAUUUAUCCUCUUUCUUUUCUCUCCGCUGUCACUGUUUUUGCAAUGCAGCUUAUUAGUUCUCACCUUGAUAAAGAUUUGUCUCAUCUCAAGUCAAGAAGGCUACUCAAAGAAAGGAAUUUACAUACCUAAUGAUGUUGGUCCUCAAGUAAUUCAUGCAGCCUUAAACUUUCAUGUCUCUUUACUAUUAUUUUGCCUUUUUGUUCUUUGGGAUUUUAUGGUGUUGCUCUCUUGGUCCUCAUAUGGAAGCUAUUGUGUGUAUCCUUAAUGCUUAACCAGAGGUUAUCUCCACCCUCUUUUUUCAUGAAUUGUUUUUGUAUUUGAAAAUGUUAUUACUGUAUGUGUGAAAUGCCUUCAUACGUCUUGGAGCAUGAUGAUGUAUUUCUGCUAAGACGGAGACCGCCCUCAGAGAGUGGCGCAUGUUGAUGACAUCAAUAUAUGUUGUGUUACAGGUGUGGGAGAUGGCAGAAAAUGGUUGGUCAGUUCUUCAAUAUGACUAGGAUGGACACUACUGGAUUGUUUCAAAUCUCAAAAUGUGUGGAUUUAAAAUGAAAUAUGAUUCUGUAAUAAAACUCCAAAUGGGAGAAUUG